UCAUACGAUGGAGGAUCUUCAUAGUUGAAAAGGUUAUUUAUCUAUUUCAUUUCAGGUGAACUUCCUUUUCCAUGUAAACAGUGUUUUUUAAAGAAUGCAUGGAUGAAGUAGUCUGUUGCUGCACUGGCGCCAAGAAUAAAAUACAGAAAUGUGAAUAAUUGACAUUAAAAAUCAUGAUGUUUCCACAUUUUACUGCAGCUAGACACCAAAUAACACCUAAAUAAUCCUUCUCAGGGCAGAGUUUGAUGGAAACAAGUCACACAAACACACAAUAAUCAUUACGUGAGGCUGUUGGCUUUAGGAAGUUUUACGUCUCACUUUUGGCACUUCUUUGAUACGAGGCCAUCACAGGUGGACAAAGGGAAAUCAAACUUGACCAAACCAUUUUGCUGAUAUGCAAAUCAGCCUAAUUUAGAUGACAAAAGCUUUCCCUCGUCUGCACAUUCUGCUUUUCGAUAUAAGCCACGACACAGCUGCAGCUGGCUGGGAGACGAGCAACACCAGCAACAAUGGGGAAGGUCGAAUUCUUCGAGGAUAAGAACUUCCAAGGACGGAAGUACGAGUGCAGCACCGACUGCGCCGACCUGCGCUCGUACUUCAGCCACUGCAACUCCAUCAAGGUGGAGAGCGGCUGCUGGGUCCUGUACGAGCUCCCCAACUACACCGGCUACCAGUACGUCGUGAGCCCCGGGGAAUAUCCCGACCACCAGCAGUGGAUGGGAUUCAACGACAGCAUCAACUCGUGUCGCUGUAUCAAAAACGUGUAUGGAAAGUCCUGGAAGAUCCGAUUCUACGACAAGCAGGAGUUUGGAGGUCAGGCGGCGGAGUGCGUUGAAGACUGCCCGUCCGUCUACGAGGCCUUCAAGCUGCGGGAGUUCCACUCCUGCGUGGUGACGGACGGGGCGUGGGUCCUCUACGAGCAGCCCAACUACCGCGGGCACCAGUACUUCCUGGAACGUGGCGAGUACCCCAACUAUGCAGACUGGGGCGCCUCCUCCCCCACGGUGGGAUCGUUCCGCAUGAUCAAACAGUUCUAGAGCAGCAGAGCUCCUGCAGAGUUCUGACAUAAAUCUCCCACCUGCUUUCUUCCAUUCGGACAUUUGGUCCUUCUCCCCACAUUCCUGUGCUCACAUGAAUUAAAGUGUUUCAAACUCA